AUGCAAGUGGUCCCAGUUUUCUUGGUUUUCUUGUCACUCUUUUGUUUGUGUGGAUCAAAGAAUGCAACACCUAAUACUGAAGAAAGACAGUUUCAGCAGGUUGAGCCUGCCCAGCAAGCUGAGCAAGACUCAUACCUCAUAGAAGAAUGUUUAAGCAAGCACUUCACACACAAGUCCUGUGAGAAAGUUUUUUGUCAUCCAUGGGAACGAUGUGUGGAGGGAAAAUGCCUUUGUAAGCUCCCCUACCAGUGCCUUAAGAAUGGCUCUUCAGUUUGUUCUACCAAUGGAAAGAACUUCCGUACUUACUGUCAGCUGAAGAGCUAUGAGUGCCAGCGUCCCGAAGCCAAGUUCCUGCACAAAGGAAACUGCGUGUCUGAAGAAACAUUUUCAGUCUCUGUGGACCAUGGUGAUUCACGUUUGCUUCGAGUCAAACCUGUGAAUCAAAUGAAUGAAUUCUUUGUAUGUGACAGUAAGUGGACUAUGAAUGAAGCAAAUGUGGCUUGCAAGGACCUCGGCUUUGAAUUAGGUGCUGAAUAUUACCAAGCCAAGUCCAGCAUCACAGCAUCUGCCUUAAAUUCAUUGCAGUGUCUGCAAAUAACUUGCAGGGGCCUAGAGACAACUCUUGCUGAAUGUCACAUAGAAGUAAAAUCAAGAGACCGUCAUGAGGGAUUUGUUAGCCUCCAGUGCCAUGAAAAUCUCAGAACUUGUUCACACGGUGAGUUCCAGUGUGUCAACGAGAAGUGCAUUUCUUUGGAUAAGACCUGUGAUGGAAUCAACGACUGUGGAGACCUAAGUGAUGAGCUGUGCUGUAGAGAGUGCAGAGAGAACAGUUUCCACUGUCGGUCAGAUAUCUGUAUUCCAAAUGAGAGUGUCUGUAACAAGGAAAUCGACUGCCUCACAGGAGAGGAUGAAGCUCAAGCUCUCUGUGCAGGCAAAUACAAAGAUGUUGAAAAUGGCAGUAUGGAUGAAGAAAUAAAAACGAUAAAGAAACUUCUUCCCCAAGUACAGUGUGGUCUUACAAAUCACACAUUAACUCGACGGAAAAGAAUCGUAGGUGGAGAGACUGCAAAAAAGGGUGAAUUCCCUUGGCAAGUGGCAAUUAAAGACACUGGCAAUGAAGGUUCAACAGUGUACUGUGGAGGGGUUUAUAUUGGUGGCUGUUGGGUUCUGACUGCUGCACACUGUGUCAGCGCCAAGCGAGUCCACCUGUACCGUGUCUGGGUUGCGCUGCUGCAUACCGUGCAGCGUGACGAAGAGACAGACACUUUCAGGCUAAAACAGCUCAUAAUCCAUCAAGAUUAUAAUGCAUCCACUUAUGAAAAUGACAUUGCUCUGCUGGAGCUGAGAGGUUCUGGGGCAGGAGGAUGCUCCCUGCAAUACACCACACCUGCCUGUAUCCCCUGGUCAGAGUAUAUGUUCAGGACUGGUGACAGAUGCAAGGUUUCUGGAUGGGGACUAGAGAAAGGUUAUACCAAACAAUAUAUCCUCAAGUGGGGCAACAUUAAUUUAUUUCAGAAUUGUUCUGAAUUGUAUCCAGGACGAUUUUUUAACAAAAUGGCAUGUGCAGGUACUUAUGAUGGCUCCAUAGACAGCUGCAAAGGUGAUUCAGGAGGGCCCUUGGUGUGUUUUGAUGCAGAAAAUGUGGCACAUGUCUGGGGUAUUGUGAGCUGGGGUGAGAACUGUGGGGAUGCUGGUCACCCUGGAGUGUACACAAAAGUGGCCAGCUACUAUGAUUGGAUUAGCCAUCAUGUGACAAGGAGUCUCAUUUCACGCUACAAUACCUGA